GUGCAAAGGAGUAUGCAAUCGCUCUGGGCUGCCUGGGACGUCAAACCUCCUGGCCGGAGGCCUUCGAGCUUUGGCAGGAGAUGCGGCAGCGUUCGCUUCGUGCCGAUCUUGUGGCCUGGAAUUCGGCAGCAGUUGCGGCCGGUACAAGGUGGCCCCUGACACUGAACAUGCUGAUGUGGGAGGCCCCAGCAGCUGGCCU